AUGGAAACUAUCUUUGAUAGUGUUACUAUUAUUUUAAUAGUUAUUGGAAUUGGUAUUGUAAUAUACUAUGGAUAUAUUCAUUUCGCACAAAAGAAAGAAACUAUAAAUAUAAAGCAUCAAAUCUUUGAAGUAGAAAAAAACAAACGAAGAAUUCAACGAGAAAUAACAGUACAAAGAAAUUAUUUAAAUCAUUUAAUGAAACAAGCCAAAAAAACAAUAGAAAAAGAGAAGAGGGAUGAAGCACAAGGAUUAGUACCCUCGAAAGAAAUUGCACAAAACAUUAUUUUUACACGCAGAAAUAUUAAUUCAUUUGAGAGAAAAGUUAAAGAAAUUGAUGAGUUAAUAAAAGAGAUGAAAAAGGCUAAAAGUAAUAAAGACAAUGAAGAAAAACUCAUAGAUAUUAAUAAAAAAUAUAAAGAACUUAACAAACAAAGUUAUGGUCAAGAGAGUCAAAAAAUAAUCAAUAAUUUCAAUAACACCAAAAAUGAAUUAGAAAUUAAUGAAAAUGAAAUUGAAGACUUAUUAAAUGAAUUAAAUGAAGAAUCAAAAACUCAUAUCAAACAACGUAUAAUUAAUUGA